AUGGCCUCCACCGCCACCUUCCCGUCCACCCUCGCCACCAGGUCCGCGGCAACCGCUAGCCUGCGCAGCGCCGUGCCGACCGGCGCCAAGAUCGUCAGGUUCUUGCCCGCCCAGAUCAGCCGCACGGGGCGCGCGGCUGUGCUGCCCACGCCGAGGGCGGCGGUCUCGGGCGCCGAGAAGGCGCAGCCGGCGCCGUCGAGCAAGCACGAGCGCGUGGUCAGGGUGCACAGCACCCAGGAGUUCGACGACGCGCUCAAGGCCGCCAAGAACCGGCUGGUGGUGGUGGAGUUCGCGGCGAGCGACAGCGAGAGCAGCAGCCAGAUCUACCCGACCAUGGUGCAGCUCAGCCGCACCUGCGGCGACGUCGACUUCCUGCUCGUCCUGGGCGACGAGUCGGAGGCCACCAAGGAGCUGUUCCGCCGGGAGGGCAUCACGCAGGUGCCCCACUUCAACUUCUACAAGGGCGCCCAGAAGGUGCACGAGGAGGAGGCCAUCGGCCCCGAGCGGCUCGCCGGCGACGUCCUCUACUACGGCGACAGCCACUCGGCGGUGGUGCAGCUGCACUCGCGGGAGGACGUGGAGGCGCUCAUCAAUCAACACCGCGGCGACAAGGGCAAGCUCGUCGUGCUGGACGUCGGCCUCAAGCACUGCGGACCCUGCGUCAAGGUGUACCCCACCGUGCUGAAGCUGUCGCGGUCCAUGGUCGACAACACCGUCUUCGCGCGCAUGAACGGCGACGAGAACGACAGCUGCAUGGAGUUCCUCAGGGACAUGAAAAUCGUCGAGGUGCCCACUUUCGUCUUCAUCAGGGACGGCCAGAUCGUCGGCCGCUACGUCGGCUCCGGCAAGGGGGAGCUCAUCGGUGAGAUCCUCAGAUACAACGGCGUCAGGGUCACCUACUGA